AUGGGACACUCUCCUCCAGGUAGGAUGGUCCCAGCCAGAGUAGCCUGGUUCUUCCAGGAGAUGACAGCUUUCCUGAUCCCUCUGUUUUUAAUGCUCACUGUGCACAAACCUUUCAGCACAGGGGGGUACCUGCUGCUCCGGACCUUUUGCAUGCACUACUUUCAGAGGACAUUUGUCUAUUCACCAGUGACCAGAGGAACACCGUCCCCACUGGGUGUGAUGAUGGUAGAAGUUAAAUUCUGCUCUCUAGAUGGUUUCCUGCAGGGAGACUUCCUGCUACACUGUGCCCAGUGAUGAUGGAUGUAACAUACAGAUUUUCUUCCACGGUUACUGCUGUUUCACACUGGAGUGGCUAUCAGCAUACACAGUGACUGUAUUCGACGCAACUUGAGGAAACCAGGGAAGUGAGUGGACCUGUGCUGUCCUUCCUGUCAUGCAGGAGGUCUGUUUGAAUAAGUGCCUGGUGCCAGCUACUUCAGCGAGAUAGUGGAGAGGUGUGGCUCUGCUCUCGCCACCUGGUCCCUUCCUGCACACGCCUUUGCUGUGUUUAGCCUGGGUUUUAUUGGCUCAAGAACCUAUCACCAUCGCAGGUGUCUAAUAUGA